GGCAGCACUUUCCCUUUAAAAACAAAAUUGCUGCACCAGCUAUUUUGCCUUGGGAGCUCAAACAAACCCCCUCAACAAACACAGCGAUCCCCUCCCCUUCUUCUCCACACCUUAAAUCUCAUCCUAGGUCAUGUAACCUCUGGCCGUCUCCCCGCCCACCCUUUCCGAGGUGCUUGGGAGAGGUGACUUGUGGAAUUCCAGGUAAUCAUUUCAUUCCCCGACAGCAGAAGGCAUCUGCUUGUACUGACAGCCCUGAAAAGGUCCUUUGAUAUGGAGGAUGUGGAUGACACUCCUGUGUUCUCACCAAUGUCUCCUCUCGCCUCACCCUUCAGUCCCAGCCAAGCUGGCAUUAUCCGGACAAGCAAUGGGGAUAAUAUAAUAUCUCCUGGUAUGCACCAACCUGUUUACCAGUCGCGUAUCAGCAUCAGUUCCAGCUGCAGUCCGGCUCAAAGUCCAGUUCUCAAGACCCGAAUUACCAGUAGCUUGUCCUUGAACCGCGGAACCAUGCAGAUGGCUAGAAGCAAUGGAAGCACAGGGCAAAGCCUUAAUCGAGUUUCUUCCUUCCAAACACGCCUCAACCCAAGUGGGUUUUCUUCCUCUGGUCAUGGCAGUGACAGCGAGAGCCUUCACAGCUCCACUUCCAGCUUGGAAUGCCCACCUGCUACAAAACCUUUUCAUCAGCUGCGUACACAGAAAGCACUCGAUCAGCAUGACUCCAUGAUGGCCAUCAACAAUACCUUGAGCCCAGUACUAAAAAAAUUCUCUUCUCAUGGCAGUGUUUUUCAUUCAGAAGCUGAAAGACCUGGGGUUCGACUGGUACCUGUGACAAACAACAAUCACAGCUCUCUCCCUUCUCUGGACCUACAUAUUGCUGAAGACAAUGUCCCAGAUCUGGUGCCAUCUCCUGAUGCAGGAUAUCCACCUUCAGAGGGAUGGAGCUCUCCUACCCCAGAUUAUAAGAGGCCACUCUCAAGGGAAACCAAACCAAUCAGUAGGGAGCCUUCAUUUUCCUCUUCUUCAUCCUCUUCCUCACCACCUACUGAUGCUCCAAUCAACUGCAGUUUGAGAUGUUCACCCUCACCAUCUCCAGUCUUUGGCUUAUUGCAACCAGCCACUCUUCAGAAAGUUCCAGGUAGCCUUCUAGGUUCAAUAGUGAAGCCUUCUAAUGGAUAUGCUCCUGAACAGAUGACAAGACCAUUACCAAGGACACAACUAAGAGUUAAUCUACAUGGUAAUUCAGGCCAAGUUCCACAAGGAACAAGGGAGAAAACAGAAGCAAUUUCCAAGGGUCACUCCCAAAUGCCGUCUUUUGGAAGACCUCCGGCUGAGAGAACAACGCCAACCUCUCAGAGAUCACAGUUCGCUGACUCUCGGAUUUUUUCACAGUCACUCCCUCAAGAAACAGAUCUGAGCCAAACUGGGAAAAAAACAGAAGUAUCGUCUAAUAGACUCAGAUCCAUGAUGCAGAGGGCCCACUCUUUUGGGAACUCAGAUAGAGUCCCCCAUCAAAAUUCAUAUCUUCAAACCAACACAGCCAAUGAGAAGGCCUUGCUUUGCAUAGCUGAUGGUGAACCCAAUGUUCAAGAUGCUGCUAUACAUGGAGAGAUGUCAUUCUCUACAAGGAUGCCAGGGUAUGGGUAUUCAGCAUCUAUCUCCUGCCAGCAGGAAAUAGUACAAACCCAGAGAGUCAUGGAAGAAUCUAGAAAUGGAGUGUCUCCUCAUAACUACUUCUUACAGAAUGAGCAUCAAAGUGUCGUGUCAGUGGAGAGACAUAGGAAAGAAUCUGUUCAGGAGGCUCCAGUCUCCAGAGUUGCUGAAGACUCUGGUCAAGCAAAGCUCCAAAUCUCAGAUUCCAGAGUAGAUGGUUCCGAUCUCAGCCCCAGGGAAGCCUUCAGCUGCAGCAGAAUGGAGGAGCAGAGCCUUUCCCGGCCCGAGCUGGAGGUGGCAGAGUCCAAGAGAUGCGCCGAUGUCAGCCAGGAACCCAUCGGAUAUGUGGGCAUCGACACAGUGCUGGACCAGAUGAGGCGCAAAGCCAUGAAAAAUGGCUUUGAAUUCAACAUUAUGGUGGUGGGACAGAGCGGCUUGGGGAAAUCCACCCUAGUGAACACUCUUUUCAAGUCCAAAGUGAUUCGGAAAUCUCCCGGCACCGCCAUACCCAAAACCACGGAACUGAACUCGGUCAGUCAAGUGGUCGAGGAGAGGGGCAUGGAGAUGAGACUCACUGUAAUCGACACACCGGGAUUCGGCGACCAGAUCAACAAUCAGAACUGCUGGGACCCCAUCAUUAAGUACAUACACGAGCAGUACGAGAAGUACCUGAGGGAGGAAAUUCUCAUCAACCGCAAGCGCCGCAUCCCUGACUCCCGGAUUCACAGCUGUAUCUACUUCAUCCCCCCCACGGGUCACUGGCUGAGACCCUUGGACUUGGAAUUUAUGAAGCGGUUGGGCCGGAUUGUGAAUGUGGUGCCGGUGAUCGCUAAAGCAGAUACUCUCACCUUGGAAGAGAGGGAGGAAUUCAAACAGAGGAUACGAAAGGACCUACAGACUAACGGGAUCAGUGUGUACCCACAGCCAGAGCUGGAUGAAGAUCCGGUUGAGGCGUUACUGAAUGACAAAAUCCGGGAGAAGAUUCCAUUCGCCGUGGUGGGAACAGAUGAGGAGCAUCAGGUGAACGGCAGGAAAGUCUUGGGCCGAAAGACCAAGUGGGGAAUCAUAGAAGUUGAGAACACGGCGCACUGUGAAUUUGCCAACCUCCGGGAUCUGCUCAUCCGAUCCAACCUGCAGGACCUUAAAGACAUAACCCACAACAUCCAUUAUGAGACCUACAGGGUCAGCAGGCUGAACGAGAAAUUCCAGUCAUCACAGACAAAAGAGCUGGGGGUUUUGUGAGCAUCUCUUCUAGGAUCUCGACACCGACAAUGUGCCUCCAGACUGGAUUAUUAUAGUCCAGCCAAUAUGAAACCAGCCAAGCACUGGGACUCUCCUACAGGGAAAUGAACUCUUUUUCCACUCUGUCAAGAAACAGACUUGAUCCCAGUCUAUCUCAUUGGUCAGAGCAUUUACUGCAUGCAGCCUGUCUGUCUAUGGGCAAAGAAACCUAGUGCACAUCUAUCUCAAAGGGAAACACAGUCUACCGCUUAUCCAAGCCAGAGGCCCAGACAAACAAAUCUAUUGCCUGUGUGCAAAUCUAUCUCACAAGCAUCUCAAAUGACCGGGCAAAUCAAUCUACCCACCCAUCUUUCCUACAGUUAAACAACUCUACUGCCACCUUGACCUUGACCUCCACCUUAGCAAAUGUAUUGGCUAUCUAGCCUACUCAGAAAAAAAUCUACUGCCAAACAAGUAUUCUGGGCAAACAAGUAUACUGUCUAUCUAUUCCACAGGAAAGUAAUCUACUGCCUAUCUGUUCUACAGACAAACACAUCUACCGCCUUUCUAUCUCGGGCAAAUCACCAUCCAACUUAUAGACUUUGAGUUCGGCAUGAAGGUCAGUUAGGGUGAAUUUGAAGAGAAUGCCUAUUCUUUCUCCUAGAUGCAUUUGAAAGCCCAGCUUGAAGGCCAAUUAAAGAGAGAUUUGAGGAGAGUGUCUAUUAUCUCCUAUAUACCCCUGACAGCCCAGCUUGAAGGCCAGUCAAGGCCAGAGAUUUGGGGAGAAUUCCUAUUCUCUCUCCUGGAUGCAUCUAAAAGUCCAGCUUAGAAUUCAAUUAGAGUAAGAUUUGAGGCAUCUUAAAGCCCCGAUUGAAGGCCAGUUAAGGUGAGAUUUGGGGACAAUGACUAUUCUCUCUCCUAGAUACAUCUAAAAGUCCAGUUUAGAAGUAAUUUAGGGUAAGAUUUGAGGCAUUUUAAAGCCCAGGUUGAAGGCCAGUUAAGGUGAGUUUUGGGGAGAAUUUCUAUUCUAUCUCUUAGAUACACCUGAAAGCGCAGCUUGAAGCACAGUUAAGGUGAGACAAUGCCUGUUCUUCUAGAUACCCCUGAAAGCCCAGUGUGAAGGCCACUUAGGGUGAGAUUUGGGGAAUGUCUAAUUGCUCUCCUAGAUAUCCCUGAAAGGUGAACUUGAUAGGCAGUUUGGGUGAGAUCUAGAAUCUCCUAGAUGCACAUGAAUCCCAGCUAAAAGCCUAUUAAAGUGAUGAUAAGGUGUAUUUGCACUUCUAAAUAUCUAAGAUAUCUCUGAAGCCCAACUAGAAGACCAGGUAGGGUGAGAUUUGGGGGAAUGUUUAUUUACUCUCCUACAUACCCCUGGAAGCCAAUGUUUAGGGUGAGACUCGGGACGAAAAUGUAUUUGCUGUCCCAGAUAUUCCCGGAGCUUCUUCUAUGGCUGCAUGAGUGAUACACCAACAUUUUCUUAUAUCUGUAACCUUCUCAUGAGCUAAGGGGGUCCAUGAUCAAAGACUGGUUGUCUAAGGGAGGCUUGAUUUGAACUAUCUGACUACAACUGCCCUAAAGAUGAAAGGAAUCUCAUACUUUUUUUCUUUUCAAAUCUCCCUAUUUCCAUCCCCAGUCAAAACCGCACACUGUGGGACAGUAUUAUUCAUCCAAUUUAAGGUAAAUCCUGAUUAUGCUGGAAAUCUAGUUGCCCUCUCUCUAACCACAUCAAUAUCCCUUCCAGCCUAUGGCACUGCAGAAUGUUGCAUAGUACUAGUUUUUUUUAUGGAAUUUUUAUUUUUUACCAACAAUGAAUAACCGUGACUAACCGGCGGACCAGCAGGCAAGUAGCUUCUGGAACCCCCCCAACGAGAUGAUAUAAAGAUGGAGACUGCCGGUCUAUGGGGGAGGAGAGAGACUAAUUGCAAGAGGAAGAAGAUGUUUAUAUAUAAUGUUAUGUCACAGAUACGUGUACCAAUGUAUUUACAGAAUAAGGCACGCUCUCACCUGCGUUUCCUAUCUAUACUCUGGUCCAUAUUUUAUCAAAGCUUUUUUUGUAUAACUUUGGUAUUUCAGCGUCUGGAAUUCUAUAUAAAUAAAUGCCUUUCAGACCUGA